GGGGAAUUAGUCAGCCCACACUGACCCACUUUCUGGUCAUUUGGUCCAGGGGAGGACAGGGAUUCAUUCUAGGCACAGAACUAUCACCUAUUCUGCACAGUGGGACAAUCUGCCCCAGAUGCCAAAUUUGGUCAUGUGAGACUGUCUACGCAACAGCAGCCAAGACAGAUGGCUAUCUGCGGGUCACUCCUGUGGUAGUCUCCAUCCCCACCACCACCACCAUCAUCGUCGUCAUCCAGCCUGGAUCUCUUCGAUCGGGGGCCGUCUUCUAUGACACAAUAAAUGGAUAAGAUCCGACAUUUCUGUGAUUAAGCUGCCUGCCCUCUGGGACACCCUGUCCCUGUUUGAUCAUGAGGAGGAAGAGUUUGAGGAGGCGAAUGGUGCUUUUAUGGUUACCGCCAAUAAAUGCGAGCCUGGAGAAGCGGAGUAUUCAGAGGGAGAAUACGAGACAUCAGUUAACCAGGAGAAACAAGAUGACCUGCGAUCUCACAAGGACAGCUUGGCUAACACGGAUGUCCCCUUGAAUUUAAAUGUAGACAAAUCUGGACAUCUGAGGUUAGAGACAAUUGAUGACCUCCAGAAUAUUCUGCAACUGAGGAAGUCAAGAAAGAGAGCGAGAAGAGUACAAGUUCGCAAGCCACCACCCCCACCAGAGACUGUGCCUUAUUAUGUGAAUGAGGAAGAUUUCUUCAAGGCCUGCGAGGAGAACAAACUGCCAUUGAUCGAAAGGUAUCUGGAAAAAUCGGGAGAUAUCAACGCUUGUGACAAUUUCAGACGCACAGGCCUGCACAGAGCUUGCACACAGGGACACGUGGAUGUUGUGAAGAGGCUACUGGAGGCUGGAGCUUCAAUUGAGUACAAAGACAAGCUGGAUGCUACUGCUGUCCACUCUGCCUGCCGAGGAGGAAGCACGUCUGUGUUAGAACUGCUGCUCAACAAAGACGGCAGCUUCUCUGCCAGGGAUAAGCUCCGCAGCACUCCCCUUCAUGUUGCAGUGAGAACCGGUCACUAUGAAUGUGCUGAACAACUAGUCCACUGUGGAGCUGACGUCAAUGCCAAAGACAGGGAAGGAGACACUCCCAUGCACGAUGCAGUGAGACUGAACAGAUUCAAAAUCAUCCAACUACUCCUGCUUCACGGAGCCAAUCCAAAACUCAAGAAUUGUGUGGGAAAGUCAGCAUUGGAUAGCACUCUGGAGUGGCAGAGUGGGGCUAAAUCCAUUCUCAGCAACUUCAAGGAUGAUGCAAAAACUCCUGUCAAGUCAAGUAAAGUCCUGUUCAAUUAAAUUGCAUUUUAUACAGGUCGGAACUCACUCAGAAUGCGUAGAUAACAGCAAACAAUAGCCCAGUUCCUUUGUGCAGAGUAGUUGUCAAAGUGAUUAUUUAUCUGUUGAUUAAAGACAUACAACCUCCAA